AUGGACGACUACGUGUGGGCUCGUGACCAUACGGAGGGCUACAUAUUGGGCAGGAUAAGCGAGCUCCUCGACGAUGGUGCCGAAGUGAUACCACAAAGUUCCAAAUUUCCCAAGAGAGUCUUGCAAUUUAGUGAGAUAUUUAGGCCAAUGUUGAUGACAAUAAUAAAAACUACGAUGACAACUGUGAAAUGAUGUUCCUUAAUGAAGGUUCCUUACUAAACAACAUACGGUCACGUUACUAUCAGGACAAAAUUUACUCAUACGUAGCUAACAUAUUAAUCGCCGUCAACCCCUACAAAGAUAUUCCUACGCUGUAUGCAUCACAAACUAUCAAAAACUACAAAGGAAAAUCACUGGGUCAAAUGCCACCGCACAUCUUCGCCAUAGCAGACAAAGCUUACAGGGAUAUGUUGGUUUUGAAGCAGUCACAAUCUAUUAUCGUUAGCGGCGAAUCAGGAGCUGGUAAAACGGAGUCUACAAAACAUUUGUUGAAGUAUUUAUGCGAUAACUGGGGAGCUGAGGUUGGAACGUUAGAAAAGAAAAUUUUGGACGCUAAUCCGGUGCUGGAAGCCUUUGGAAAUGCUAAAACCACAAGAAACAACAACAGUUCUAGGUUUGGAAAAUUCAUAGAGGUCCACUUUGACAACAAAUUUAAAGUUGCUGGCGGUCAUAUAUCGCACUAUCUUUUAGAAAAAUCAAGGAUAUGUUCCACAGAGGGAGACGAAAGGAAUUACCACAUAUUUUAUAUGUUGUUGGCAGGAGCACCAGAGAGUUUGAGGAACAAGCUGUAUCUUAGCCAGCCUGAUGACUAUAAUUAUUUAAAACACGGAUGCACAAGGUAUUUUACAACAAAUGCGUCUGAAAAAUCGUUAGAUGCCAACAGGAAAAGCGGCGAUCACAAAAAAGCCGGAUCUCUGAAGGAUAUUCUCUUGGACGAUGUCGGUGGCUUCAAAGAACUGGAUGAAGCUCUGUCUCGUUUGGAAAUUAGCGAAAGUGAAAGACUACAAAUUUAUUCUACAGUGGCAGCUGUUCUGCAUUUGGGCAACGUUGAUUUCGAGGAUAAUCCUGAAGAUACUAGAGGUGGUUGCAGAGUUGGAGCUUCUGGAGAAAAAUCCCUACUCGUGGCAUCCAAACUUCUGGAAAUAGAUCCCAGUGAACUGAAGCAAGCGCUGAUAUCGCGCGUCAUGCAGAGUGCGAGAGGAGGCUUGAAAGGUACUGUCAUUAUGGUACCUUUGAAAAUAUACGAAGCCAACAACGCCAGAGACGCCCUAGCCAAAGCAAUCUACAGUAAUUUGUUUGAUUACAUCGUCAACAGGAUAAACAAAAGUAUACCGUUCCAAGCCUCUAGCUAUUACAUAGGUGUGCUGGAUAUUGCUGGAUUUGAAUUCUUCACUGUUAAUAGUUUUGAGCAGUUCUGUAUAAACUAUUGUAAUGAAAAAUUGCAGCAAUUUUUCAACGACAUGAUCCUCAAACACGAGCAAGAAUUGUACAAAAAAGAAGGCCUUGUUGUACCAGAAAUACAAUUUGUUGACAAUCAAGACUGUAUAGAUUUAAUCGAAACAAAGAACAAGGGCAUAUUAACACUUCUUGAUGAAGAAUCCAAACUGCCGAAAUCGUCCUAUACACAUUUUACAGAGGAAAUUCACAAAACCUGGCCGAAGGAAUUUAGACUAGGACUACCCAGAUCGUCGAAGCUCAAGGCCCAUCGUAGCCUUAGAGAUAACGAAGGGUUCCUGAUCAGACAUUUCGCCGGUGCUGUCUGUUAUCAAACGAAAUACUUUAUUGACAAAAACAACGAUGCCCUACACGCUUCCCUUGAAGGAAUCAUUCAAGAGAGUAAAAAUAAAUUCAUACAGACACUGUUUUCGAUAUCAACCACGUUGAAAGGUAAACUUACCUUUAGCAGCGUAGGAAAUAAAUUUAAGAUACAAUUGGGCGAACUUAUGGAGAAAUUAAGGAGCAAUGGAACUAAUUUUAUCCGGUGUAUUAAACCAAACUCCAAAAUGGUGGACCAACAAUUCGACGGAAACUUAAGCUUGAUGCAGUUGAAAUGUUCAGGAAUGACCAACGUCUUGGAGCUCAUGGAGUACGGAUAUCCUAGCCGAACUUCUUUCAACGAACUCCAUUCAAUGUACAAGCAAUAUCUUCCCAAAGAAUUAUCCAUGCUUUCCCCAAAACAGUUUUGUGAGUCCAUGCUGCACGCCUUGAAGCUACAUGAUAAGGACUUCAAAUUUGGUGUAACGAAAGUGUUCUUCAGGCCUGGAAAAUUCGCUGAAUUUGACAGCAUCAUGAAAUCUGAUACAGAGAAUUUGAAAGCAAUUGUGAAUCAAGUCAAGAAAUGGUUAGUUAGGGCAAGAUGGAUCAAGGCACAGUUUUGUGCUCUCACUGUUAUUAAAAUGAAAAACUUAAUCACGUACAGAAACAAACAACUUAUAGUCGUUCAGAAAGUCGUUAGAGGUUAUAUUGUGAGGAAAAAGCAUGGACCCAGAAUAAAUACACUCAGAAAUAUCAAAAAACUGAACUCAAACUUGGCACAAAUCGAACAGAGUGCACAGCAGCUCAAAAAAGACAAAGACUCUGUGAGGAAUGACAUUAAUAACUUGAAGACUCAAUUUGAUGCAGCUAUUGAUAGAAUUAAGAAAGAUGAAAAAAUCGAUAAAGCAACCGCAGAAAACCUCUACAAAUCCUUAUCCGACAAAGUAAAUCAACAAAUGACAGCGCUACAGAAGAAAAUUCAAGAGCAGAAGAUCGCUGAGGAACAAGAACGGCUCAGAAAGUUACAGGAAGAGAUGGAAAGACAGAGGAAGCUAAAGGAAGAAGAGGAAAGAAGACUGAGGGAGGAGGAAGAAAACAGGAGACUUAAAGCUGAAAUGGAAGCUAGAAGGAAAAUUGAGGAGGAAGAAAGAAGAAAGCAGGAAGAGGCAGAUAGGUUAUUAGCAAAGAAACUUCAGGAGCAGCACGCUAAGGAGGAAGAAGAGCAAAGACGUAUUCAAGAACAGGAAGACCAAGAAAAGCAAGAUAGGGAAUUGGCCUUGCGACUAGCACAAGAAAGCAACGGAUCGAUUGAAGAAAGUCCACCUAUGAUCCGCAACGGCACGGUAGAACCGGACAAAAUCUACAAGUUGAACAGGUCAGAAGCACAUAGAAACCAUCAAGCUACUAUGGCCAACAGCAAAUACGACCUGUCUAAAUGGAAAUACUCGGAACUUCGUGAUACUAUCAAUACUUCCUGUGAUAUUGACUUGCUAGAAGCGUGUCGACAUGAAUUCCAUCGCCGUCUUAAGGUUUACCAUGCCUGGAAAGCGAAGAAUCGCAAACGCACCAUCAUGGACGAGAACGAACGCGCUCCUCGUUCUGUCAUGGAGUCGGCUGUGAAAACUCCCCAACGGUCCGUCGCCCAGAAACCGGUUUUGGACAACAACAGCCAGAGGUUCUUCAGAAUCCCGUUCCAAAGGCCCGGCUCUGACCAGAGCAGAAGAGGAUGGUGGUACGCCCAUUUCGACGGGCAGUAUGUAGCUAGACAAAUGGAACUGCAUCCGGACAAGCCGCCGAUAUUGCUCGUAUCAGGCAAAGACGACAUGCAAAUGUGCGAACUGUCCCUUGAAGAAACCGGCCUAACCAGAAAGCGCGGCGCCGAAAUUUUGGAGAACGAGUUCAACAAGGAAUGGGAGAAGAACGGAGGCAGCAAGUACGUUCGUCCGGCUGACAGAAAGUAA